GAUGAAAAUGUAAUUUCCCAAUAUACUUUGGUAUAAAAUGAGAGUAAGCCGUUACAUACGUUUAUAUACUAACAAAAUGACGAAGUUGCCCUCAUGAAUAUAAUUACGUUACUUUUUCACCCAAAUUACACAAAGUCCGCGAGGGAUUCGCCUGCCGAUCUUCAAUUCUCCGAUAGAAAUGGCUGCCUUUGCGAUGAGAUUUUUCUUCGCUCUGCUUGCAUUUGUAACCGUUGGAAUGAUUAUCGGUGCUUUCAUUCAGUUGGCAUUUAUAAGGAAGUUGGAGGAAUCAUAUGGGGAUGGACCUUCCUUGACAAGAAUUCAAGGUCUGAGUCGAGGUAUUUCUCAUUGGGAAGACAAAGAAGCUGCAAUGUUGCGUCUUGGAUAUGUGAAACCAGAAAUAGUUAGCUGGUCGCCACGUGUUGUCGUAUUCCAUAACUUCUUAAGUGCCGAGGAAUGUGAUUAUCUUAGAGCUAUUGCCAAGCCCCGUCUACAGGUUUCUACUGUUGUGGAUGCAAAAACUGGAAAGGGUGUCAAGAGCACGCUUAGAACGAGCUCUGGUAUGUUUGUCAGUGUUGAAGAGAGGAUGUAUCCGAUGAUACAGGCAAUUGAGAAACGAAUUUCUGUCUACUCUCAAGUGCCAGUAGAAAAUGGGGAGCGUAUACAGGUGUUGAGGUAUGAAAAGGAUCAGCUUUACAGGCCGCACCACGAUUAUUUCUCCGAUACAUACAAUUUAAAGUACGGUGGUCAAAGAGUGGCAACAAUGCUUAUGUAUCUGAGUGACAAUGUGGAGGGGGGAGAGACAUACUUCCCCCAGGCUGGUUCUGGUGAGUGUAGCUGUGGGGGAAAGAUGGUUACAGGAUUGUGUGUGAAGCCGCUUAAAGGAGAUGCUGUGCUUUUCUGGAGCAUGGGGCUUGAUGGACAAUCGGAUCCAAAAAGCUUGCAUGCCGGAUGUGAAGUAAUAUCAGGCGAGAAAUGGUCGGCUACAAAAUGGAUGAGACAAAGCGCCAUUUAACUAACGCCUCUCGAUUUUUAACAACUCUUGAGGUAUGAAAUUGUACUGAUCUGAAGAGUGGUUACUGUGAACUUUAUAGAAAGUAAAGAAAGAAGUAAAAGAAAACUGGACUUUUCCUUGAGAAUAUAAAAUUGGUACUGUGACCUUAUUAAGAUAAAGAGUUCUUGCAAUAC